UACAAUAGGUCUGUGGGAGCACAGCAGGUAAUCAACCUUAAUGAGACUGGGAAGAUAGACCACAUGGUUUGUGUGCUUACAGGGGGUUGUUUCGCACUCUCUCUUUCUCUCUCCCACCCUCUCUCUCACACACUCUAUGCAAGCGUAUACUAGGGAGUGUCUGUUAGUGGGAACGAGACGUCUCUAGUGGAGACACGAGAUACAUCUUGCUCGGUCAACACUGAGUGUACAGGCAAAAGGCAUUUUAGGUCAGUUCAUCCGAAGAUUGCUCAUCAUGGACUGCCACAUUGAAGAAUGCAGCCAACCCCAGGAGGAGGAGGACAUCAUGGACAUACCUCUGGAUGACCCCGAGGCCAACAAGGCAGCUGCCAAGAUCCAGGCUGGCUUCCGUGGUCACAUGACCAGGAAGAAGAUUAAGCCUACUGACAAGCCUGAGGGGGAGGAGGAGGAUGAGGAAGUGAGCAGCAGUGGUGAGGCCCUCAACGGAAACCAGGGGGACACAGUAUCAGGAGGAUCAGAGGGAGUAGAGAGAGAUGACACAUCUGUGCCGGAACAGUGAAGCCUCUGACCUCGAUGAAGAGAAGAAGAAGAAGAAGAAGAAGAGGAAGAAGAAGAAGAAGAGGAAGAAGAAGAAGAAGAAGAAAAAAAAGAAGAAGAAGAAGAGGCAUGGCUGUGGCUGUACCUUUUUUUUCGAGGGGAGCAACUUUCUAUGUAACACAAAAAAAGAAGUGUAUUAUCCAGAUUUUGGGAUGUGUCAUCUGAUUUGUGAACUCUUUAACACUCCUGCUUCCAGGCCCAAUCUGCGUGGAUGGUCUUUGACCCAAAUUUGCGUCUCUCACUGCAUGUACUUGUGAAACUUCUGGUAGUGUGCUAGUCUAGAAGAAGAUAUGUGAGGCUGAUAAUAAUUGUUUUCUCAUGCUAAACAGGCCUAAUUUGAGUCGAAUAUAAAGUUUGUGUACAAUUAUGCAUUAUGAACGCACGUCAACCGCUGGAAUGCUUGUUUCUAUGUUGCUUCAGGUGCUUGUAUAAUUACUAUUUCAUUAUUUCUGGUGUACACAAUAUCGCUAAAAGGGAGGUAGAGACCCUUAUUGGUUAUUGGAAGGCAUACUAUUUAAGUUGAUAAUUAAUGUAUUGUUAUUUAGAUUUGUAGUCUUUUAAGUGUUGUGCACCAUAAUGAAUAAUGGAAUCACUUUCACAUAUUGGUCAGCGUCACCAUUUUCUCCACAUCAGAUCUUCCAACACAGUAAGCAUGCAGUACUAUGUACUAUAGUUUAUUUGCGGAUAGUAGUACUCACGUUAAGCUUUAUCCUUAGAGAAAUUGCUAAACUAUUGACCUAAAUCAGGUGGUAUUAUUAUCAGGGGUUGGAACCCAAAUUAUUUUCCAAUCGUUUCGUUCUGAACAGAACCAUCAUUUUUUUUAUUUCCAUUCCACUGUUCCGACCUGCAAAAUGAAGUUCUGAACCGGUUCUUACCCCAAAAAAUUACAAGUAUAUAACUUUCAUUUCUGUUCUUUUAUAAACCUCUGAAAUAUAUAUAUUUUUUUACAUUAGCUCAACAUUAAAUGACUUCACCAAUUAGUGCGGAUAGAGCAGCUUGCUAUGGAGUGGGCAAGCUAUAGUUGUUUUAGCCUUUGCAGCUUAGGCAGCCGUUAGGCUGGCUACAGUUGUUAACAUGCGCGAUGGACGGUCACGUGUAGGGGCAUGAGAUGCAACUGAAAUUUUGCAGGUGGGGAGAGAGCGAGAAAUGCUGGAGGGGGAGGCUUGACUUGAAGCGCUGGGCAUUAUUAUGACAUGCAUUAUCUGAAUUAGGGCCACAUCAUUAUUCCUACAUAGGAGCGGUUUCUAUGGAGGAACUUUGAAUGUCUUUGAACUUCCGAGUGUUGGCUUAAAGUUGGACCAGAGCUAGCUAGCUAGCUUUCUAACAAGCUUGUGUGUGCAGAGUGGCACCAGAAUUAAAAACACAUCAUACCUUUUUGUAGUUAAUAAAUCUAAUGUGAAACGUGAUAGUAUCUGUAACUAGCAUCGAAAAACUGAAUCCAUUCUUCUCUAAUUAUAAAUCUGAAUUUCUGAAUCACGCUUGUAACGUCAGUAGGCUACAGUAGACUAAGCUUCGGAGGGAGAGGGGCAGGUUGCCUACACAUGCAGAUGCACUGGCAAAGAUUUUCAGCUGGCAGGCAGACACUGGAAUAAGUUUUUGAGUGACGGAGUGAGGGCUUUGCAAAGGCACAUUGUUGCAUUUUUUUAUGGGACUGAAAAAAAAUGCCUGGAAUGUAAAAUAACGUUAUUAACCGGUCACCAUGCUUUUAAAUGAACUGUCCUGUUCCAGAACGGUAUAGAUCACUUUCUUUCACAGUUCUGAUUCUGUUCCUCAUAUUUUUGGGUUAUUUUCUGGUUUUCGGUUCUGUUCCCUGAACCGGUUCCAACCCCUGAUUAUCAUCAUGCUUCAUGAACAGAUUUAAUUAAAUCAUUGUAAAAGAAUAACAGUUGUAAAUCAAUAAAUCCAUAUCAAAUGUU